GGUGUUAGAAUUCACUGAUAUUUCUUACAAUAAAUAGUUCUACAUAAGGGUAUACUAGUGUGAGAUGGGAAUAUACUUUUUCAGGCUAAACAUUUGAAAUCAAAAUGGAAAUAGUGUUCUUUUUUUUUUAUUUUUUUACAAGGCAUUCCAAAUUUUCAGCUAUUGUUUGAAUUACAGAAUAACACAGUCCAAGAAAUGCUUUAAAGAUCAAUGAGAAUUAUGAUCAGCAUAAUUCGAUUAAUAAUCACCAUCUAAAUAAGUUAAAGUUGGUGAAUAUCUGACUGGGACCGAAAGGUGCCACUAAGAGCGAAUCUGCGGAAGAUACGGUAUGUAGUUGUUAGUAAGCAUGAUGAGUCAUUGUUCAUGACAACAGAAAAUAAUAGUCAACCCGUUAGAACUACAAAGAUUCAAGAUUUGACAAGCAGAUAUGGGAAGAUAUUGACGGCUUUAUUCGGUGGUUUCGGCUGUUGCAAAUUUCAGAUAGUAAAGUUCUUUGUUGAUGUGUAAUGCAAAGCCUUUUCUUUAUUAACUCUAACACUUUAUCCAUUGUUCUUGUUAACGAAAAAAUAAGAUUCAAACCAUAGAAAAGUACAAAGAUUUAAGAUUUAACAGGCAUGAGAGAGGAUAUUGAGGGUUUUAUUCGGUGGUUUCGGAGAUUGGUAGUUUCAGAUGAUGAAAUUUGUUGAUAGUAUGCAAUGAAAAGCCUUCCCUAUAAACUCUAAUACUUAAGGCCGUACCCCACAAGCCUAUUCACAAAAAGUACCCGGGUCAGAUGUUUAGAUUAAGUAGUAAACUCCGUCUAGUGAUUUCAGGUCAAUUUUUCAUGUUUUUCGGUUGUCACCUCCACCGGGCCGACUUUUCUUUUUAUUGGUUUUUCCGUUGUUUUUUUUUUUGGGUUUUUGUUUUGGUGGGUUAACGUGAAACGGUUUUUAGACCCCUUGCAAGGCUCGUACCAAUGCUAUCCGAAUAGAUCUAGAUAUGCUAGCCCUAAGGUACAUUACUGAUCCAUACCUAUUAUAACUCAAGUAUAUAAUAUUCGUAGCUUAUUAUACGUUUGCUGGUGAGAAACUGGAAAUGUCGGGCCCGCCCCCAUUUGUUGUGAUCGGAAAUUUCUUUUUCCGCCCGGCAUUUAGAAGAAACAGGCUGAUGCUGCUGAUUAUUAAUAUAAUUAAUCGUAUAAGCCUAUAUAAAUAAGCACUUUUCUUCGAUAUUUUAUUUGACAACCUUCGAGAAAGCUCCAACAAUAAGCCAAGCAUGUCUGAAGACAAUUCUGAAUUAGCUAGGAUAUAUUCCACCCUAUCCAUACAACCUUCAGUAGUGGAAUCCAUGCAACCGUAUAUCGGCAGAAGUUCGCAAGAUACUGAAAAAGGUAAUCUGGGAAGUGAUGAUAUCGACGAUGAAAAUGAAAAGACUGAAACGUCAGGUGCUCCGCUUUCUCGUCAACAAACGUUCCUUCAAAAAGUACAGUCUCGAUACUCCUUCUUUAAUGAAAAUCUCAAUGAGCAUAGAAAGAAAUUAUAUCUUAAAUUUGGGAUGAUUUAUCUAACCAUGGCAGUGGGUGUGUUGGCUAUAUUCUCGAUAUACUGGGGGUCAAUGUAUGGAAGAAAUGGUAGAAUACAGAAUUUGAAUAUGUUGGUGAUAAUAGAGGAUGACACUACCAUAAAUGGUAUCCCACCUCUUUUUGGUGAUUUUCUCAAACAAGUAUUGGAUACCCCACUCGCUAGAGCCCGGGGUAACUGGCAUAUUUUCAAUUCAACAGAGUUUGGACAAAUAGCUGUGGAAAACAACAAUAAUAUCGAACAAGAAUUGGAACGACAAAUUCACCAUCAGAAAUACUGGUCGUCUAUCUAUGUCAAGCCAAAUGCAACUUGGAACUUUUACAAUGCGAUUAUCACAGGUGAUACCGGAUAUAACGUGACUAACAGUUCUAUUGUAUCGGUUUAUGAAACAGGUAGAGAUUUUAUGAAUAUGAACUUAUACAUUACUCCAUCAAUUCAAGCAGUUGAAAGGUUAUGGUUGGGAUCUCAAGCAAACUUGACCGAUACAUUAGUGCAACAUGUGAAUGGCUCGGCAUUGUCACAAGCUGGUGCUAUUAAUAUCUUGGCUACCCCACUCAAUUUUGUCUACUACGAUAGAAUAAAAUAUACGGAUCCGGUAUUGGUUGCACCAUCGCAAGUGGGGUUGAUUUACAUGGUUAUCAUUACAUUUUUUCAAUUCAACUUUUUUUCCGAUCUUCAUAUGGCGAUUGCAAAAACCGGGAUGCACAAGCAUCAUUAUGUGCUUUACAGAAUCUUUGCUUCGGUAUUAUCCUAUUUUGUUCUAAGUUUGUUCUUUUCGCUUGUUUCAUUGGCAUUCCAAGUGGAUUUCACUAAGGCUUUUGGAAAAGCUGGGUUCUUGGUUUAUUGGUUACUUUCAUUUUUGACCAUGUGGGCAGUAGGGGCCGCAAAUGAAUUAAUGGCAUUGCUUUGCAUACUCGUGUACCCUCCAUUGAUUGGAUUUUGGAUGUUAUUUUGGGUGAUUAUAAACAUUGCACCUACGUUCACUCCGAUUGCAUUAAGCCCUGAGUUUUUCAGAUAUGGGUAUUCCAUGCCAAUACAUAACUCAUAUGAGGCUGCCAAAGUGGUGCUUUUCAAUACUUACAAGGGUCAAAUGGGGAGGAAUGUGGGUAUUUUAAUUGCCUGGGUGGUGUUGCUAACGGCCGCAACUCCGUUUGUGAUUGCAUUCUUUGGUAAGACGAUGAUGAAACGGGCACAAAAGGCUGCAAAGGAAGAGGCGGAGAAGAAGAAGAAGAAGGAGGAGGAGGAGGAGGAGGCUGAAUCGGGAGGUGUGUAGUUUAUAGAUUUUUAUUUAUUGUGUUUGAAUUUGUG